AUGGAACGAGAGCUAAAACUUUUGUAUAGGCAGAGAGGCAGUGCCUUGCGACGGGUGGAUCAGACGGUGGUGAUUAGGGAUAAUGCUACAGAGGAUGACAAUGCAUCUGCGGAUGCAGACAUGGACUUGGGCGAGGAUGUGAAUGCAGGGGUGGGUUUAGAUGUGGAUGAACACUAUAUGGAUGUGGAGCAGAAUGCUGAUGAAGCCAGCAGCGCUGGCACUGCUGGCUUCGUCAACGUUGCAGCCGCAGCAACAAAUGACAACAACAUUGCUGAUGAGAGGAUUAUAUCUGAAAAUCCAGAAAACUUUGUGAAUGCUUCUUACUCGUUUGAUGGGUUGCCUGUAACAAAGUUAUCGACUUCCAUCACGUCAAUGGCAGCAAUUGAAGUCAUACAAUCGAUUGUGGAUGAUAUAUUCAAGAAAGUGCUGGUCCCACAGUCGAAGCAACGUUUCCACGAAUCGCGGUCCAGAAAAGAUAGAUUAUCGUACAAGAUGGAUUUGAAACUUUUCGAGCAGUUCUUGUCCUUGGUGAAGUCUGAUUUAAAAGAUAUCCAGGAUAUACACUUUUCAAACAAUGAGAUGUGCUAUCAGAUGAAACAGAUCCUUAAAGUGAAGCAAGAUCUGACCGAAGAAAUCGUCAAAAUACGUGAUGAACUGGCCGAGUAUGAUGUAGUUCAGUCCGAGGACGCAAAGAAGGUGGAAGAACUGGAAUCGUUAAUCGAACUCAACAACAAAUUGAAAUCUUUGAAAGAUAUCGAAACUGAUUUAUCGUGA